UGUCAACGUGCAAACGGAAGUAAGCAUGUGUAUAUUUGAGACUGUAUUGUAGACUGUAAUGCAUAGCUGAAGCACUAGUCUGUCAAACAGAAGGCAGCUCUGGUCCGGGGGAAAUAUGCCGACCUUGUCCUUGCCACUUUCAAACCUGCUCAGAAAUCAGGAGGGUUUUAAGAAACUCAUCACGCACUUUAAGUAUUUGCACACUAGGAGCGGGAUAUGGACGGUGAACACCAGCAGCACGCCGUGGAUCUCGAAGUCUGCUCUCGUGUCCCGGAGAAGAGAGGUUUCUGUGGGACAGCUGACAGCAGGGAACAUGUGCACCAGCUCCAGUGGCGACAAGACCAGCUGGCUGUGGUCAGUUUACAAUGAAACCAAACAGCAAACGCAAGAUUUAAUUCCUGUGAUAUCAAACAACUUUGUGAACCCAGACACCAUCUUUGCUAAUAAUGAGAUGAGUCUGCAGGACAUUGAGAUCUAUGGCUUUGACUAUGAUUACACACUGGCGUUCUACUCCAGUCACCUUCACACACUCAUAUUCAACAUCGCCCGAGACAUCCUCAUCGACGAGCACAGGUAUCCAGAGGGACUGAAGGAAUAUGAUUAUAUACCGAACUUUGUGAUUCGUGGUCUGCACUAUGAUGUUCAAAAGGCCUUACUGAUGAAGAUUGAUGCCUUUCAUUAUAUCCAGCUGGGUACAGUGUACAGGGGUCUUAAUCCUGUGCCAGAAAAGGAGGUCAUUGCGAUGUACGAGGGCUCCCAUGUACCCCUCGAGAUCAUGAGUGACUUCUAUGGCAAGAGCUCUCACGGCCACACCAUGAAGCAGUUCAUGGAUAUCUUCUCCCUGCCAGAAAUGACGCUGCUGUCAUGCGUUAAUGACUACUUCAUGAAGCACAACAUUGACUAUGAGCCUGUUCAUCUUUAUAAAGAUGUCAAGGAGGCCAUAGGAGACGUCCACGUCAGAGGGAUUAUGUAUCGAGCGGUAGAGGCUGAUAUCGAGAAGUAUAUCUGUUACGGUGAACAGACACAUGCUGUUUUACGGAAGCUAUCUAUGAACGGAAAGAAGAUGUUUUUAAUUACAAACAGCCCUUUUGAUUUUGUAGAUCGAGGCAUGAACUACAUAGUCGGUAAAGACUGGCGGGACCUGUUCGAUGUUGUCAUUGUGCAGGCCGACAAGCCAGGCUUUUUCAAUGACAGGAGGAAACCAUUCAGACGAGUUACUGAUAAAGGUGUGUUGCUAUGGGACAGAAUUCACCAUCUUAAGAAAGGGCAGAUCUAUAAACAGGGAAACCUGUAUGAGUUUUUGCGGCUUACAGGCUGGAGGGGCUCAAAGGUUUUGUACUUCGGAGAUCACAUUUACAGCGACCUUGCCGACCUGACCCUCAAACACGGUUGGAGAACAGGAGCUAUCAUUCCUGAGCUGCGUCAAGAGAUCAAAAUCAUGAAUACUGAGGAGUACGUACACACCAUGACCUGGCUGCAGGCCCUGACCGGACUGCUGGAACAAAUGCAGGUGCACUGGGACCCUGCGUCACAAACGGUGAUUCAGCAGUGGAUCAAUGAAAGGGAGGAGAUGAGGUUACGGACCAAAGACAUCUUCAACGCCCAGUUCGGUAGUCUUUUCCGCACAUACCACAACCCGACCUACUUCUCACGCCGUCUCUCCCGCUUCGCCGACAUCUACAUGGCGUCCCUCAGCUGUCUGCUGAACUACAACCUCCAGCACACCUUCUACCCCAGACGCACACCCCUUCAGCACGAGUCUCCCAUCUGGCCUGAGCAGACCAGCACCGGAGCCAUGAACAUCCCCUUCCAGAGCCACAGGACAACCACCGGACCUGAGUAGAGAGGCCACAUAAGACACUUGCUUUAAAAUGUACGUACCACAGAACAGCUGCAGUUCCAUCACUUUAAUCAGAUUCAGCUCUAGUUUUAAAGACUCGUGUGGGUGAGUCACUUCGUAUAACUUCUGUGCUGUGGUAAAUGCAAUCUGUGGAUACCUUAUUUUUGAUACCAUGUAAAACACUCUACAUGGCCGAGGGAGUACGUAAGGAACUUUCUGGUGUUUUAAUGUGCCUCGUAGUUUAGGGGAGAUUUUAUUUUUGUAGUUUGUAGACUUUCUUUCAUCACUGGCCUUCAUAAAGCUUAUUGAUAGAAUAAGGGAGAGAAUACUUGACACUCAAGAAAGUGAAUGUACAUACGAAAGGGUUAAAAGUUGAUUUUGAGAUGAACCUGGUUUCAAGAAGCCAAUGAAGAACAACUUUUGUUAGAACCAAAAGGGAAACUCUCAGGAAGGCAGAUGGACACUAUUCAUUUUGAAAUGAUCAUAAACAGACAAUAAAUCAGUGAUUAAUGUUUUAAAAAGCCUUACAUACUGUGCUUAGCAAUGUAUGAUGAGGAUAAUGUACAAUAAGCUUCAAAAGUCUGAAACCACUAGUGAUUUAUUUCUCAUGUUAAGCAGUUUAACUGUUUUCGAAAUAAUAAUCUUUUUUUUUUCUUUUUUGAGCAUCAAAUCAGCAUAUUAGAAUGAUUUCUGAAUGAUCAUGUGACACUGAAGCUUUGCCAUCACAUGAAUAAACUACAUUUUACAAUUUAUUAAAUUAGAAAUCAGUUUUUGAAUAAUACAGUGUUUCAUCAUAUUACUGUAUUUUUAUUAAAUAAAUGCAGCCUUGGUGAGCAUAAGUGAGACUUAUAGGAACAUUAAACAAAUAUUACCGACCUCAAUCUUUUAAACUGCUGUUCUUUUCAUUACAAAUUUUAUUACAAUUCUAUUAUAUUUUUUAUUACAUAUUAAUUACACAGUAAAAAAAUUAGAGUGAAAAGUUGAACUGAAAAAUAAAUGUGAAUUUGACAUCAAGUAUUUUAUUUGUUAUUAUUAUUUAAUGUUUUCAAAAUCCUAAAAAUGCCUAGGUUUGAAUUUGAAUCUCAAAUUUUCAUUGUGGUUUCAGAUUUUUGGUCCCCGCUGUAUGUUUUCGUCGAAUGUCGACAUUGUGUAACUGUUUAGAAAUCAACAUUAUAGCUGAACAUAUAUAGUUGCUGUCAAAUGAGAGUUUGUGUGACUCUUACAUUGAACGAGUUUAUGGUACUACGUUUUAUUUCACGAUUGCCUGUAGGGCAUUUCUGCUUGCAUGGUAAAUAUAUUUUUGACUUUUUUAUUGUUUCAGUAUACUGAACUUGGUAUUGAAUGAACAUUUGCAUCAUGUUUUGAAGACGCCAGUAUUGGAUGGAUUUUGCUUUGUUGAAAUUGAGAAUGUACACUAGUGUUUUUUUUUUUUUUGUCUGCCUAGCUUUUUUUUAUACUUAAGGAAGGACUUCUGUGACACUUUUUUGCCUUUGUCAUUUAUUCGACAUUGUUCAAAUGGCUUUAUGUGUUAAUCCUUAUUUUAA